AUGAUCUACGCCUUGGCUGUCAUCGAUCAAGACGUUAUCGAGCCUCUUCAGGUCGAAAAGCGAUCAAACAAGUUCUGCGGAGGUCAAACCGCUGCAAAGGCCUUUUCCGGUCUGCUCUUAACCUGCCGCAUGUUUCGUGAGGAACUUCAGGAUCGCCCUGACUUCUACCAGCUUCGCGAUAAAAAGAUGGACACCUCCCUGCGAACUCAAGUUCCUGCAAUCGACAGCAACAUUGCUCUCUCACUGCACAUCAUUCCAGUCACUUAG